GAAAAAUUCAGUGUCAAUUUUUUUGUAUCGCAUUGCUAUGUACUUGAGUAGUACCAACGAGUGGUACAUGAUCAAAAUGAUGAAAUAUUUAUAAGUACAGACCACAGACCUACUCAGACGUUUGCUUUUCACAAAAAUAGUGUAUGCGUGGCCAUGACAAGGAAGUUGCAUGCAUUUCUUUCCAUUCAGCGUCAGCGGAUGACAGCGACGUCAAUUUUGCCAUCAAACAGUGCACUGAAUCCUAUCCCAUUGACAAUAGAAGAAAAAAUCCAGAUAGAGUUGAAAAAUUUGCCUGGAGACUACAAAGUACCAUCUUUGAUCGAACAUAAGACGUUUCACAGAUUUGCAAGUAACAUUAAAAGGGUUCCAUUUGAAUUGAGCAGUGAGAAUUUAACAAAAUUAUGGAGCAAAGUAAAUACUUGGGUUACAAAAACCCAAAUAUUCGAUAUGAGCAACCCAAAUAUAGGCAGAGCUUUAUAUGCUUUGAAAAAUGCAAAAAUUCUAAAAGCUGAUCUAGACACCAGAGGUACUCAGCUAAAAUUCACAUUUAUUUUAGAAGGUGAUCAACAAGUUAUAUUUAAACCUCAAUUUUAUGAAAAGAACAAAAUUAUAGAAGGACCUGUAUAUGCUGGCAAAGACAGAUAUAGCUCAGAAAUUCUAGGCUUCUAUCUUUCAGCCAUAUUAAAUAAACCUUUAUCUCCAAUAAGCGUUAAAAGGACAAUAUCUCUGAAGCAAGAGGUUUUACCUGUGGCAACUAAACAACUGUUGGAUACUACUUUCAUGAUUCAAAAUAGGACAUGCAUUUAUGGCAGGUGCUUUUUUUGUAAGAAAGAAGACCCAGUCUGCAGUGAUGAAAACUCUUACUUAAGUGGAGCUGUGAUAUUUAAUAUUAAGGGGCAUUUAGUAAGUAAUAGGUCUCCAUGGCAAAGGACCUAUAAGAAGGGCAAGAAUGCUAUUUGGCAGGAAUUACCAGAAAAGUAUUGCAUGAGCUUAAAGGAAAAAAUGUCCAAGAGAAGGCUGUAUGAUCUUAUUGAUAUAUCUAUAUUUGAUUUUCUCAUACAGAAUGGUGAUAGACACCAUUAUGAAACAUUGAAUGACACAGUAGUUUGGUUAGAUAAUGGAAAAGGCUUUGGAAAUCCUCACAUACACCAUAUUGAUAUUUUAGCACCUUUAUAUCAGUGCUGCAUAUUAAGAAGAGACACUUGGAAGACUUUACUUAGUCUAACUGGUGGCAAAUUGAAAGAGAUGUUAAGAAUGAUGCCAGAUAUAGAGAGUAUAAUUACGCCUGAUCAUUUGGAGGCUUUGGACCAACGACUUUUGCUGAUAUUUGCAGCAGUUGAGUAUUGUAGACAUCAUAAGCAAGGAGAACAUACUUUUAUAUGAAAGUAUAUAUUUUAACAUUUGUGUUGAUUUUACAUUGAAUCAAGCCUAGAUACCCUAUUUUCCAAAUUGAAAUAUUUUGCCACAUCCCAUGAAGGCAGCCAUGGAUUAACAUAUUCUACCUAAAUGAGAUAUAGUAGGGUGAUCUAUGAGAAUUUGACACAGCUCUUGAUCUAUUUAUUGCAUAUGCUUUGAAAAGGUUAAUGUCUCGUGGAUGGGUCUGUGGACUAACUGUAAAUAUAUGAGCAUGUAGGUGGCUCCAUCUAUGAGACAUUCACUUUUUAAAACUACAGAUAGUAAUAGAGAUAAACUCUCAUAGAUGAUGCUACGAUCUGUCAUUUUAUCUCAGAUAAUUUUUUGGACGCCGGAAUAUACUAUCAGAACUAUACUAGUAGAAUAUGUUACUCAAUGAUUUAACUGAAGAAUAAAAUGAGUAAUCGAAAGUCGAAGUUCUAUAGACUGGUUUGACAAGAACCAGUUGAGUGUAU